CGGCAUAAAUAUAUCCCGAAACCCUACUCCUCCCCGUCCAUCUCUCUCAAAUCAAUGGCUCAAAAACGCGCUCCGGCCUCGUCUUCUUCUUCCUCUGCCGCGGCCUCUUCUUCAUCAGAAUCCGAAGAAGAAAACCCUACUCCCCUCUCCCAAAAACCCACCACCAAAAAGCCCGGUGAUGUCCCCGCCGCCCCACAUCAAGACGCUUCCAAAUCCAACGGUUCUAGUUCUUCCUCGGGCGAUGAAGACGACGACAACACCCAACCCAUCAACAAGAUCCAACCAUCCAAACCCAUCAAGCAAAAACAACAGGAAUCUGCCCCCAAUGAAAAAGAAAAGGAAGAAGAAAACGAUGAGUCUGAUUCGCUCUCAGAUUCCGAGUCCACUUCCGAGUCUGACUCGCCACCAAAAGACCCCAAACCCAACCCUCGCCCAUCUCGUGGGCCCGACCCCACCAUCAAACCCAUCACCUCGAAGCCUAUGGACGAUGUCUCCAAACCCAAGAAGCCCGCAGCAGCAGCGAAGCCCCCUCCCUCCACCCCGACAAAACCCGCCUCGGCCCUGAAGCGCCCGGCCGAAUCGAACGGCAAGGAUUCAAAGCGGAAACGAGGAGGGCUGGCAUCAGAUGAAGAGGACGACGAGCCCGCGAGGAAGUCCCUGUUUGUCAGGGUAUGGAGCGAUGAGGACGAGAUUGCAUUCUUGAAAGUUAUGAUUGAGGGUCUUAAGAAAGGAUCCAGGCCAUGGGAUGAUAUGAAUUCCUUCCAUGAAUCCAUCAAGAAGGCGGUACAUGCCGAAGUCAACCGCACCCAGGUCGCGACCAAGAUCCGGACGCUGAAAAAGAAGUACCAGACCAAUUUUCAGAAGGCAUUGAAAGGGAAAGAGCCUACUUUUGGGAAGCCCCACGACAAGGUAGUUUACGAUCUCUCUAAGAAGAUAUGGGGCACAGACAUUGAAGACAAUGGAUUGAAAUCAAAUGAUUUUGGGGGUGAUUCGAUGAAUGCUGAUGUGAAGAGUGGCAGCACUCCGAGCAGUCGGAAGGCCAAGGCGAAGACCCAGAUGACAGCUUUGGAAACAUCUUCGCCGUCAAAAGCAAUUAUAGGGACUGUGAAACCGGUGGGCCCUGUGGAAGAAGAAGAAGAAAGCUUGAAUCUAUAUCCUUUCAUCGAGGAAUCAAUGCAUUCUCAUUCAAAUUUUGGAAUGUCAUGUUUGAGCAAGGGUCUGCUGAAGGAAGCAUUGAGUUCAGUUGAUAGUUCAAAGGCAAAGGAGUUGGAAAGUAAAUGGAAGAAGGUACACUUGAUGGAGAUGAAGGUGUGCAAGAUGCGGGCCGAAGUGAUCCAACAACAGAUGGAGCUGUUUGCAGAUGCGCUCAAGUCGGUGGAUUGAUGGGGUUUUAAUGGAUAGUGAUCUGAUGGUUUGUUUUUUAUAAUGCAAAGAUUGUGUCCUUUUUUGGGGUUUUUGAUAGGAAUGUUUAUCUUUUAAUGUGGGUCUUUUCAGAUCUCGAUCCUGGAUCUAAUUAGAUGUGAUUAUGCAGCUUCUAAUCUUGUUUAUGUUUCUUUAUUUGUAUUCUGACAUUGGAUCUUCUUAUGCAUGAAAUAUUUUGAUAGUUCUAAAGAUAAGCUUUUUGUUUGA